AUGUUCCAGAUCGCCCACCUGCAGAGUGUGUAUCACAAGAAGAGUGUGUGUGUGCGCGAGCUGCAGCGCAGUCAGGAGUGUGUGUUGUCUCGACUGAAGGAGAGUGUGAAGAGGAGGGAGGAGGCCUGGAACAGCCAACACCUGAAGACUGUGAAAGAGCUGCAGCUGUGUCGGUCUCAGUGUGACUCCCUCCAGUCUCUGGUCUUCUCGCUGACCUCCGACCUCACCAGGAGUCGUAGGGCCUGCUCCUCCUUCUGCUCGGCCUCCGUCCUGCUGGGUGGAGCCCUCCGACACGUCCUCCUCCGCCUGGGCCGGCUGUCCCAGCAGAAGAGCCUCCUGAGCAGGCGUGUGGAGGAGCUGGAGCUGCUGGAGGAGGAGGUGAGGAGGCUGGGGGAUGCUCUGGGAGCCCAGGAGGAGGAGCAGGAGCACGGAGGCAGGAGGAGCAGGGCCCUGAGGAGGUGGAGGAGGACGGUGUGGGCGGUGAAGGCGGUGAGGAGGUGGAGGCAGCUGGCUGCAAACACAACACUGCUGUUCCAGUGGAGACAGGAGGUUGGACUGUGUGUGUCUGUGGAGGCUCAGCUACACUGGAGGGUCAGGAUCUGUCAGAUCAGGAUGAAGGUCCAGCUGCUGUCUGUUAUCGGCUGCUUCGUCUGAGCGUCUGUCCUCCAUCAUCCUGUC